UGCUAGCUUUGCAUGAAAUAAAAAUUAAAAAAUUAUGUCAAGUUGUUCAGAUGGAAAAUGAGUUUAAUAGAGCACUUAACUGCAGAAUUAGAAAGUGUUACAACUGAGUAUCAAGCAUGUCGUCAAAAACUUGACAGUAAAUGUGAGGCAUUACUAAUCCUCAGCAAGGAAGUGGCACAAUGUCGCAGCGAGAGAGACCAGUUCAAAUUGAUGGCGGAGCAGAUACAGGAGCGCUAUCAGGGUCUCAAGCGACAAAUUGCAGGACUGUCUCCAAGAUCAGAUCCAUACACAACUGCUAGCUAUGGAGGCAUGAAGAGUCAGAACCUCGUUGAACUGCUUUGUGAUGCUAAGGAAACAAACAAAGAGCUACAGUUUCAGGCCGAUGACUAUAAACAGAAGCUGCAUGAUGCUCAGGGAGAUAUCAAGUUACUACGUGAACAGAUUGCUAGGCAGCGUGUUGGGACAACUGAUGAAGGUAUGAACACUCGUCAUUUCCCAGCACAUGAGAGAGAAGACCUUGUCAAACAGCUGGAGGCUGCAAGUGAACAGUAUGCUCAAGUAGAGAAAGAUAUACAGAGGAUUCUAGAUGAGAAAGAGGAUCUAGAAACUGAGAGGGAUGCCUACAAGACAAAGUACAACAGGCUCAACCAAGAGCUCAACUAUAUACUGAAAGGAGAUGAGAAACGCAUUGUAGACAUUGAUGCACUUAGUAUGGAUAACAAGUACUUGCAUGAACGUUUGAAACAAAUGGAGGAAGAAAAAACUAUUGCUAUGGCAACUGCAUCAAAGUACAAAAGUAUUUUGGAAAGGAAAAAGAAUAAGGGAAUACUAAAGUUAGGGCAAACACAAAGUCGCAGUGGGGGAGUUGUUAUCACCCAGAAACAAGUCCAACAGCUCUUAGAAGAUAAGAGUCACAUGACUAGUCCUCAAGCCCUCGCUGAUUUGCAAGCCCUCGCCACUGCUCUCCUUGAAACAGUCAAUGAUAAAAAUAUGGCUCUCUCGCAUCAGAGGAAAACAAACAAGAUACUUGGCAAUCGUGUGAAUGAACUUGAGAAGAAGUUGAAGACAUUAGAAGUAUCAGGACUCUGGAAUGUUCCCGCAAAUGGACAAGGGGGACAUAGUAACAAUCUGGACAAGCUUCAGCAAGAGUGUGCAGAUGUAAAGACACUGAUCCCCAGACAAGCUUCUGUGUCCAGUCACACCGCAUCUGAAAAGGAUUUGGAUGACCUUGAAAGCUGCGAGAGUGUUCCAACGAGUCCCCUUGACAAAUACACUCACACAGGAAGCAAACAUAUGGGAGGACUUUGUUUAGAAGAUCUAGAUCUAUUGCCAACAAAAGAUGAUUCAGGCAAAGUAGGAGUUGAGCAGAUACCCAAUAAUUCCAAACCUGAUCUACCUGAGUCUGUAGCCAAAACACCAAAUGAUCAGCUUUUUGAUAAAAUCAGCAAAAAGUUUGAGGAAGAAUUUCACCUGAAACAUUCCAGAAUCGAAGCGAACUUAGAUAAAUUUAUGCAAGACAUUGAAGAUAAUGAUGCUAGUUUUGAGGAAAAUGUGUACCAUUCUAAUAGUAUGGACCAAUCUAAAGCAGAUGAUAUUGAAGGAGGAAGUGAUGAGAAUGGAGAGGCCAAUGAUAAAGGGGAUGUAAUCAAAAGGGCUGGUGAGAGUGCAAUGAAGGGAAGUGCAAUGGUAAAAUCACAGGAUUGUGACAAAACUGAUAUUGCAAUAUUCAAUAAAGAUAAACAGGUGAACAGUGAGGAGAAUGACAACCCUAAUGAUGAAUAUCAUUCAGACAAUGAAUCAGCUGAGAUGAUCCAUGAUGAUGAAGAUGAGCUUAAACAUGAAGGUGGUGAAGCAGGAGCUAAGAAUAGCAGCACCAUGCUAGAGUCCCUUAUAGGGAAUGCUAUCAGUAAGGUAACCAGGGGGAGAAAGGGAGGGUAUAGCGUGCUUGGACAAGGGGACACCCUGGAUGAAUACUCCAAUGAUGACCAAGAUGACCAAGAAAAUGAAGCCAGUGAAGCUCCAGUGAAUCAACAUGAAACAAGUAAUUCAACAGUAGAUGAGGAUCCUAAGCACUCUGCUGAAGUUACUGAUGAAACGCAACUUUUAGUGGACUUAAAUGAUAGAUCUGAGGAUAUUGGUAGCUCCAUGAAUCAAGAUAGCAAAGAAAUGGAUAGCACUACUCCUCUGAACCAAUCUCCAUGUUAUGACGAUGGACUUUUGUCAUGUAGUCCUAAAGUCUGAGCUAUUUUGAAAUAUAAAAAUUGAAUAUACAUUCCAGUGAUUUCCCCAGGAUUAUAUCCCAAGUGGUUCAAAAUUUAAACCCAAUUUAGUCAAAAUAUGGCUAAUUUUCAUG